UCUUAUCUUUUUAAACUACCACCUUAAUAAUUUUAACGCUUAAUUUAUUUUUUAAUAAUAAUUCCGCUCCACGAAAGUUAAAACUAACAUGGAGGAUGUCCAGACCAGACAUAAUCGCCUGAGGGACCAGUUUACUGAAUUUUUGGAUUCUGAUGAACUUCACUAUAAAGAAAAGAUUGAAGACUUAAUCGAAAGCCGCCAAAAGAGAUUGAUAAUUUCUAUAGACGACUUACGCCACGUAGACAGCGAACUGGCUUCAAAUUUAAUUCAGAAUCCCGUCGAUUAUGUUCCGCCCUUUCAAAUUGCUUUAGAAAAAAUAGUGGAGAAAAUAGAUUAUGAGACAUCUAAAACAAACUAUUUAAUUGGUUUUUGCGGUAAUUUUGGUGCUAAUCAUAUGACCCCACGCAAUUUACUUGCAUCUUUUUUCGGCCAGCUGAUAUGCCUGGAAGGGAUUGUUACCAGAUGUUACGAGCUCCGUUGCAAAGUGAUCAAAAGUGUUCAUUACUGCAAAGCCACUAACGACCAGUUCAUCCGAAAUUACUCGGAUUUAGUUUCCCUGUCUGGCAAGAAAACGGCUACCGUUUACCCUAAAACGGAUGACGCUGGAAAUCCCCUCACCACCGAAUUUGGACUGUCGGUUUACGAAGACUAUCAGCGAGUGACCAUUCAGGAGAUGCCAGAACGGACGCCUGCCGGCCAGCUGCCCCGCUCUAUUGAUGUCAUACUUUCCUGCGAUCUUGUGGAUAAGCUUAAGCCGGGCGAUCGCGCUAGAGUGUUUGGGAUCUACCGAGCGCUUCCUUCAAAGUCUGGAGGGAGCACCAGCGGCAUCUUUAAAAGUGUAAUCAUCGCGAAUCAUUUGGAGCUUUUAGUCUCGACCGGCAGUAAAAUACAGCUCAGUCAAAACGAUCUUCGUCUUAUAAAAAAGUUUGCUAGCACUUAUAAAGGAAAGGUAUUUCAUAAACUUGCAAUGGCUAUUGCGCCGUCUAUAUACGGACACGAAUAUAUCAAACGUGCGAUAUUGUGCCAGCUUAUUGGCGGCCUGGAAAAAAAUCUGGAAAAUGGAACUCACAUUCGUGGAGACCUGAAUAUUCUUCUCGUUGGAGAUCCGUCCACGGCGAAGUCUCAGCUGCUCCGGUCGGCAAUGACCAUUGCACCACUCUCCAUUGCAACUACUGGAAGAGGGUCUUCCGGGGUCGGAUUGACCGCCGCUGUCUUGACGGACAAAGACACCGGAGAGAAACGCCUUGAGGCGGGCGCCAUGGUUCUGGGAGACCGUGGGCUCGUGUGCAUCGAUGAAUUCGAUAAAAUGAGCGAUGCUGACCGCGUGGCCAUUCACGAGGUUAUGGAACAGCAGACGGUCACUAUCAAUAAAGCCGGAAUCCACAUUGCUCUUAACGCCCGCUGUAGCGUAUUGGCGGCUGCGAAUCCCGUUUACGGCCAAUACCGAACUGAUCUUUCCGUCAUGGAAAACGUGGCGCUUCCCGACUCUCUUUUGUCUCGUUUCGACUUCCUCUUUAUAAUCCUCGAUGAAAUCGACCCGAUAUUGGACAGAAAGGUCGCCGAGCACGUAUUGCUAAAUCACUUGUACCGACCCGCCAACGAACCUGACGGUUUUGUGGAUUCCGCUUUUGUUUUUGGCUGCAACUUUUUAACGAAAGUCGAUAGCGAAUCAGAAGGCGAUGAUGAGGACGAAAGUUGGGUGUAUGCUAAGCACAACGUAAAGCUUAGGGGUCCCUUAAAGUCGCUUAACGAUCGAAUCGUGAGCACCUCCUUUUUGAAAAAAUAUUUAUAUUACGCGAAACUGAAGAUCAAACCUUUGCUUUCGUCGUCCGCAUGCCGUUUUAUAUGCCAGUCGUACGCGUCGUUACGGGACAAUAGGCGUUUAAAGACACUUCCUAUUACUGCGCGCACGCUUGAGACGCUGAUUCGGUUGUCUACCUCGAUUGCUAAACUGCGCUUAAGCCCGACCGUUUCGAAGCGGGAUGCGAGUCAAGCGCUCGACCUUCUGCAUUUCGCUUUGUACGGGGAGGAGGCAUCUGUCGAGCUUAAUAACGCUACUUUCCAUGAAGCUAAAGCACGUGCCAAACGGUAUAGAAAGUCCGCUAAACGGCGUCUUAGUAAGCGCCUGGAGGAAAGAGGCGAAGAGGUGUCGGAAGUUAGUGACGAGAUUUCGGACUCGGAAACCUCCGGUCGCACCAGUUCUUCGACCGCCUCCAGUAGCGACGAGGAUUCUGAAGAGGGUCAAUCACAGUCAGAUGACCUUACAGGAGCGAAGCGGCAGGCCUCUGAAUCCCUACCAUCCAGCAGCUCGCCUCUGACUAAACGCAACAAGGAACAUGUUUCUUAUGAAUCUCUACCACAAGAGCUCGUCUCUCGUUUCCACACUUUUCUUAGCGAAGCUCUUGAAGUUUACAACAGAAAGGACCGUAUCAUCUUGGCGGCGGUUGGCCAACUUGGAGUGUCCGAGGCGGAAGCGGAAGCAAUAUUGAUUCAAAUGAUGAAAGAAAGCAAAAUAUUUAUUCACGGGAAUGACGUUUUUCAUUUUAUUUUGGGAAAUCAAUCUUCCUUUUUUCCAACGAGUUUGCCAGCGCUGUCAAGGGAGCUCUGGCCAUCGCCCGGCUUUGCGCUCCCUCCCCAGUCGUAG